UGAGUGUGUGUCUGUCUGUGAGUGUGUGUCUGUGUGCGCGCACGUGUGUGUUGUGUGUCUGUCUGUCUGUGAGUGUGAGAGCGUGUCUGUAUGUGUGUGUGUGUCUGUCUGUCUGUCUGUGUGUGAGUGUGAGAGUGUGUGUGUGUGUCUGUGUGAGAGUGUGUCUGUGUGCGUGUGUGUGUCUGUCUGUCUGUGUGUGAGUGUGAGAGUGUGUGUGUCUGUCGCCCCUGAAACUUCCGCGACUUCUCUUCGGUGUGUCGGUCAUCAUGUCUAACAAUAACUCCAGCAGUAAUCUCGCCGUGGCGCAGAAAGCCGUCAAACAGCUCCGGAUAGAGGCGAAAACACGACGAAUUAACGUGUCUCAAGCUGCUACUGACCUGAAGAACUUCUGCCUGCAGAAUGCUCAUAAAGACCCGCUGCUGGUGGGGGUGCCGUCCAGUGACAACCCCUUCCGCCCCCCGAAAUCCUGCGGUCUGCUAUGAGAGCUGCUGAAGAUGUUUUAGAUGAUGUAGCUGUCCUCAAGUCUGUCUGUACUUUCACUCUACGCCAUAAAGGCCUCCUGGAACACUACACGCACACAAAACAGAGAACAUUCAUGUUGCUUUUAGUUUUAUUUUGUACGAACUGUUAUAACAUGGCACUUAUACACACUAUGUCUCGGUACGUUCUGUUAUUGUAUGCUCAUUUAACAUGAAAAAUACAAAUUCACUCACACACAUUUGUUGUUGUCCCAGACUGCCUUGUUUUGUUGAGUACCUUAAAACUCCAUAUAUUGCACAUUUGAUAAAACACUACAUUGCAAAUUGUCCGAUUUCUGGACGUCCAUAUUCAUGAAGUUGGAGUUUUUGUCCAUAAUAACAACGACAAAAUGGAAUGAGAAGGAUUUCAAGAAAUAAUAUGAAAUAUCUAAAAUUAGCUGACAGAUUUUUACGGUAGCUGUUUACUAAUUUAUAGGUGGAAUAAACAGUAGAGUUUGGUGUAAUUGUUAAACGUUCUUUGUCAUUAGAUUCUAGAUAAACGUCUACUGAAUUAACAUGUUGCAUUUGUACUUUAUACUUUUUCAAUGUCUUUUUGCUAAACUGACUUUAAAAAUAAAAAGCUUUUGUUAUUGAUCAUU